CGGCGUGGGGGGGGGGGCGCGCGCGCGCUCGCCAUGGCCGACGUCUUCCCACCCUCCGAACCCGGUUCGGGUCCCGACGCUGCUUGGCGGUUCGCCCGGAAAGGGGCCCUUCGGCAGAAAAACGUGCACGAAGUGAGGGACCAUAAAUUCACCGCGCGGUUCUUCAAGCAGCCCACCUUCUGCAGCCACUGCACCGACUUCAUCUGGGGAUUUGGAAAACAAGGGUUUCAAUGCCAAGUUUGCUGUUUUGUGGUUCACAAGAGGUGCCAUGAAUUCGUUACUUUUUCUUGUCCUGGAGGUGAUAAGGGACCUGACACUGAUGAUCCCAGAAGCAAGCAUAAGUUCAAAAUCCACACGUAUGGGAGCCCAACAUUUUGUGACCAUUGCGGUUCAUUACUUUAUGGACUUCUGCACCAAGGGAUGAAAUGUGACACCUGUGAUAUGAAUGUUCACAAACAAUGUGUAAUAAAUGUUCCAAGUCUUUGUGGAAUGGAUCACACGGAAAAAAGAGGGAGGAUUUAUUUGAAGGUUGAAGUGACUGGUGACAAGCUGGAAGUCACAGUGCGGGAUGCAAGAAAUCUAAUCCCUAUGGAUCCCAAUGGACUUUCAGACCCGUAUGUUAAACUGAAACUUAUUCCAGAUCCUAAGAACGAAAGUAAACAGAAAACAAAAACUAUCCGCUCAACACUCAAUCCACACUGGAAUGAGUCCUUCGCAUUUAAAUUAAAGCCCACAGACAAAGACAGAAGGUUAUCAGUGGAAGUCUGGGAUUGGGAUCGAACCACAAGGAAUGAUUUCAUGGGAUCCCUUUCUUUUGGGGUGUCAGAACUGAAGAAGUCGCCAGCUUGUGGGUGGUAUAAAUUACUUAACCAGGAAGAAGGCGAGUAUUAUAAUGUGCCAAUACCAGAAGCUGAUGAAGAUGGAAAUACAGAACUGAGGCAGAAGUUUGAGAAAGCCAGGCUUGGCCCAUCAGCUAACAAAGUUAUAUCUCCAAUUGAAGACCGGACUUGUAACUUACCAUCCAAUAAUCUUGAUCGGGUUAAACUAACAGACUUCAACUUUAUAAUGGUGCUUGGAAAAGGGAGCUUUGGGAAGGUGAUGCUCGCAGAACGAAAGGGAACAGAAGAAUUGUAUGCAGUCAAAAUAUUGAAAAAAGACGUGGUGAUUCAAGAUGAUGAUGUAGAGUGUACCAUGGUUGAAAAGCGAGUUCUAGCUUUGAUGGACAAACCUCCUUUCUUAACGCAGCUUCACUCUUGCUUCCAGACUGUGGAUCGCCUGUACUUUGUCAUGGAGUAUGUGAAUGGUGGUGACCUCAUGUAUCAUAUUCAGCAAGUAGGAAAAUUUAAGGAGCCCCAAGCAGUAUUCUAUGCAGCAGAAAUUUCAGUGGGUCUUUUUUUUCUCCAUAAGAAAGGAAUUGUUUAUCGAGAUCUGAAAUUAGAUAAUGUAAUGUUAGAUUCUGAAGGACAUAUUAAGAUUGCAGACUUUGGCAUGUGCAAGGAGAGUAUGAGUGAUGGAGUGUCAACAAGGACCUUCUGUGGGACUCCAGAUUAUAUUGCACCAGAGAUUAUUGCCUAUCAACCAUACGGAAGGUCAGUGGACUGGUGGGCCUACGGAGUACUUUUAUAUGAGAUGCUGGCUGGUCAGCCUCCAUUUGAUGGCGAGGAUGAAGAUGAACUCUUUCAGUCAAUAAUGGAGCAUAAUGUUUCCUAUCCCAAAGCAAUGUCCAAAGAAGCUGUGUCCAUCUGCAAAGGGUUAAUGACUAAACACCCUGCCAAACGUCUCGGCUGUGGGCCCGAAGGAGAGAGAGACAUUAGGGAACAUGCCUUCUUUAGGAGAAUUGACUGGGAAAGACUGGAGAACAGAGACAUCCAACCUCCAUUCAAACCAAAAGUGUGUGGCAAGGGUGCUGAAAACUUCGACAAAUUCUUUACCAGAGGACAACCAGUAUUAACGCCACCCGAUCAGCUGGUCAUUUCUAACAUAGACCAAACAGAUUUUGAGGGGUUCUCCUAUGUCAACCCACAGUUUGUACAUCCCAUGUUGCAGUGUGAAGUAUGAAAAAAACAAUAGACUCAGGAAAGCCCUCCUCCCCAGUGGGAAAUUGCCCUUUAGCCCUGGAGUUUUUAGACCUUUGCCUUGUUGAUUCCAUUCAGGUCUGGGAAUUGUAGGGGUAACGAGGAAGGGAAGAUGCCAAGGAACGUGUCGACGUAGAAAAUCACCCAGUGUAUUUAUCUAGGAAUCACUGAUGCUUAUAGAUUAUUGCUAGCCUUUGUCAUUUUUAUAACUUUGACUAUUUUUCUCUAUCUCCUGUACCUCUGAAACUUCUUCUUAAACAGUUAAUAAUGAAUCUGAGACUAUCAUGUGGGGUUAAGGAAAAAAGAGAUGAAAAUGUAAGUUGACUAAAGAAUAAGGAAUUUGGGGGGUGGGGGAGAGAGAAAUGGAAUAAAGGGAAAUCCAGAAAAUUUUAUUCAAUAUUACAGUUGGCCAGAUCUAUGGUAAAAACAAAGAUAUGAACAAAGAAGGCCCAUAAAAGCUUUUAAAAUUACUUGAUCAAAGUAAAGGUUUCGUAUAAGUUUUCAAUAUAAAGUUUUCAGUAUAAAAUAAAGAUUAUGUGCAUAGAAUAUUAACUAGAGCCUGUGAUGAACUAGCUCCAAGGUAAAACUGCAUAAUACUGAUAUAUGUAUUAUUUUUAAUCUCCAUGAGAUUAUAUUAUGAUCCAGGGUGCCAAUUUGCUAUUUAAUUUACAUCACUAAUCAAGUUUAUUGUAAAGCCAGUUUUAAUAUUUUAUCCUAAAUAUUUCUUAACUGGGCUCUGAAUCUAUACAUCCCUAACUCUUCGAUUUAUACUUAUUUAUUUAGUAAACUGCAUGAAUAGAAUAUAAAAAGUGUACAGUAAAUUAAUAGAGAUGUAGAAUUCAGAGUCAAGCCUGAAAUUACGGAAUGUUUCUAAAAAUAAUUUCAGCUUUUAACAGAUUGGUUUAGAAUACUUGGAACCACAGAAAUCAAAGUGAAAACGUAACACAAGUUUUCUUCAACUGCUGUUGGAAGCUGUUGAAUACAUUUUUGAAUAUGCAUCAUGCAAUGAAUUUUGCAUGUUUAAUGAACAACAUUAAGUGAAUCUAUAUUAUGAGUAAUUGUAUCACCUGUGAUACACAUAAUACAUAUUUUAAUAAGACACAGCUGUGCUAUAUGAGGGAAGGUUCUUUGGGAUGAACUUUUUAGCUACAGCUUAAUGUUUUACAAUUUUGUUUUGUUUAGGAUUUUUAAAGUUCUGCACCUUGUUGAUAGCUUAGGGAAGUCUGUGCUCUUCUCUGCUUAUUUUUAUGUAGUUCUACUGCUAAAUUAUCUUAAACCACACUGAGAUUUUGAGCACAGUGUACACAAUGCACACGUGUGUGCAAAGUUUACCCGCUCCCGGCUAGUAUGAGGAGCUACUGGUGCAUCAAUUAUUUGAUCUCAAGACGUAUAAAAAGCAGUUAUGAGGAUUAUGCAAGAAUUUAAGCAGGAAAUUUGGAGAACAACCAUAUACCUGUGCUGCUUUUUUUUUUUUUUUUUUUUUUUUAGUAUGAGGCUUUCUUUCAAGAAGAUGCUGGGCACUUACUGCAUAUCUAUUACUUUGAAGCAGGAAAACAAUAUAUUAGAGCUGUAAUCAGAUAUUUCAUAGAAUUUUACUCCCUUGCUUUUAAAUUAGUUCCUCCCCUCCCUCCAGUAUUUCACUUGAAUUUAACCCAUUUUAAAGGUCAUUAAAUAGUGCAUCUGAAAUUCUUUUGCAUGUAAAUGUGAUAGGCUUUUCCUUGUAAUGUUUUCUCUCUUAAUUUCUGUACAUUUAGCUGCCCAAAUAUGUGCAUGUAAGUCCCUGGCCCAUCUGCUUAUCAGUUUUGCCACACAAAAAUGCAUUCCCAAAAUGAAAAAUAUUCCACAAAAUUCAGUAGAAAAUGUUCCCAAUUGUAUUUGAAGAUUAUUAUUUUUUUCAUACCAGCUUAGAAUGUGUGAAAAUCCUCUUCGGAAAACUCUUUCCUGAACAUAUUCAUUUUCUCCAAGAAUCUAGGCAAGGGUCAUUUCAUACGUGCUUUUUUGCCUUUCUUUUGCGAAUCUUUAGGAUAUAAAAAACAUGCACAAGAAACUACAUGUGAACAGAACACACAUAGAAACACACUUUUCAGUGUUUUCAGAAUUUAUUAGGAAGGCUAUUUUUUUUAAUGCAGGCUGUCGGAAGAUGUGCAAUCAUGACAAAAUAAGCCAGGUCCUCACAUGUGAUAGCAUGUAUUUUUCUCUACAUCUGUGUGCCAAAAAGUAUCUGUAGGAGUGACCCUAAACCUAAGACCCAAAUAAACCCCAUUUAAGCUGUGAAACCAGUGUGCUAUCUGGGAAAAUUGAGGAUGCUAGUUUCAGAUGCCAUGUUGUGAACUGCCUAUGUACGCUCACUCUGUGAGAUAGGCAGCCAUACAAAUCAAUAGAUAAUUAAUAAAUCAAUAACAAGCGCACUGCCAUCUCGCCAAACAUGUAAUGAGAUUUUUCGCAUGUGAUAGUUAAUAGUUUUUGUAAGCUUUGUGCUGCGCCUUGUAAAAAAUAUUCCUGUCAUUGCCACACUUCUUAUUCCAGUUUCUAUAUCUAGUGUUCCAAAUGGACGCAAAGAAAUAAAUAGGCCUGCAAAAAUGCACUGUAUCUCUUGUUCAGCUGAGAAUCUACUUUGCAGCCAUGCCCUUGGUGAAAACCACAGUACCAACAAAUAUCUUAAAGCAGGAGAUAUGCAUGUUGUUAGGUGGAUGUAAUAUUGGAAGUUGUAGCCGCCUGUAAGGGCUCUGCAGAUUUAGCUGUUCUUUAAUAGUAUAAAUAUAUUUAAAUAUAACAAAUAUUAAUAUUUAUACUUACAAUAACCAAUAUACAGGAAGCAGUCAUUAAACAUAAAAAGAUUGAACAUAUUAGAUAAAACUUAAUUGACAUCUAUUUCUCUUUGCCUAUUUUUCGUGACAUUGCCAGUUUUAUAAAAAGUUAUGCACAUUUUGCUUUUUUAAGGGUAUAAUUUCAUUAGGCUGAGCCAGAGCCUAAUUGAAAACCCCUGGGGCACAGAACAAUCCCCAGUCCAUAAACUGGGCAUUUAAAGCUUUAUUUUAUUCAGUCACACUUUAAGUUACUGGAGAGAUGCAUCUGUCAUGGUAAUAAUAUCUAGGGGAACAUAAUGAAAAAUUACUAUGAACGCCCUAAGUAGAAAACCUUUCUUCAAGAAACUAAGGAUUUUGUUUAUAGAAUAUCCUAGUUUGCUUCAAACUCUUUCAGUAGAUUGCUUUGUAUGUAAAGCAAUAAUACCGCUAUUAAUAAGUGCCAACAUUCUGCAUAACAUUUCCACGGUGAAAGAAACAAAAUGCCAAGUUCCUCUUGUGCAAAAUCUGAUGAGUGAGUAAUUUCAUUCAAGUCUGGGAUAUUUGAGUAUCUUUAUCAAACAGAGAUACCGUGACAUAUGAUUCAGACUCUCAAAAUCUGGAGUUUAGAUUUGCAGCCACCGAAUAAUUUUGUUGCAAAAAUGUAAAUUAUGUAGAUUUGGAACUGAAAAUAAUAAUUUCAGUUAAAUCCAAUUUAAUUUUGUCCCAACAUAUUGUUUUUUCCCCCUAAUCCUAUCAAUUUGGAUAGCCUAAUUUCCCCACUACAAAGCCCUCAAAAGGCUGCAAAGAUAGGAAAGGCCAUGGCUGAAGAGGGCCCUGAUUUGCACGUUGAAAGGCUAUGGUAUCAUCUGCCUUGUUUCCAGAGAAUAUGGAAACAAUUCCUAGAGACUUGUUGUGCAAGUGAUGGGAAAUAGUAUCACUCUUUGACCCUAGAAAACAACUAGCUCCUAAAGCUGGCAAUAGUAGACUAAAUAGACCAGACAAUGUACUGCAUGUUCUUAUCCAAGUAUUAGAUAAUGAGAAAUUAAAUUUUAUUUAUUAAAAUUAAAUAAACAAAUGUGAGAAGUUGCUCAAGAAGGCACUUGUGCCAGAAUAAACAGAAUAACAAGAAUUGGAAGGGACCUUGGAAGUCUUCUAGCCCAACCCUCCGCUCAAACAGGAGACCUUACAGACAAAUACUUGUCCAAUCUCUUCUUAAGGUGAUCAUAGGGACUUAAAUUGUACCAUUAUUACCAUAGACAGUAAUAAUGAUAUACACAAUUUAUGCUAUGAAAUUAUGUUUUGGUCCCCUGUUCAGUGUUUGUUAGAUGUUCAUUAGUGUUAUAAAUGAUUCAACAGCCUUCCCCACUCCUCUGCCCUCAGCCUAACUGUGAUGUUAUCGUAUCACAUCUUGGGGGAGCUGAAGUGGGGAAAAUAGCUCUACAAAUGGAGUUGUCUGCUUUUAAAUUACCUCAGUUGACAAUUCAUAGCUGAUGGCAAGAGCCAAGACAAGAAGCAAACAAAUAAAUGCAACAAAGCCACACACACACACACACACACACACACACACACUAUAAAAAUGCAACGCAGCAGUGACCCAGAUAAUCCCUAUCCUACGAGACAAUCCUUGUUGCCUCGUGCUUAAUAGCCAUUGAUUCUAACCUUUGGCAUUUUAUCCUUCAGUUAAGAUGUUGCAUUGAACUGACAGGGCAGUCAAUUGAGUCAUCUACGUGGGAUGAAGGAUCACAGUCAAGAUGGUGAUAGACAAAAAACAGAGGGUUUUGAUCACUUAGUCAGGCUGCCUUCUGGACCUUUUUUUUUUUUAACUACUCUGAAGAUGCUUUUGUGCUCCAUAUAGGUACAAUCAAUUGCUGACUUGCUGCAGUGUUAAAAAAAAUUACAGUAUAGGAAGACAUGCUGCUUAGGCCUGACUGCUUGUUCAUUACAUGGGUAUGCUCCCAAGAAUUGAAAAAUCCCCCUCGUGUCUUCCUUGUAAAAUGGUAGAGAUUACAGGUAGUCCUUGACUUAAACCCAUUCAUUUAGCGACUAUUCAGAGUUACAAAAGCACUAAAAAAAGGUGACUUACAACAUGUCCUCGUGCUUAUGACUGCUGCAGCAUCCCAACAUAUCAAAAUUCAGGCACUUGGCAACUGCUGUGUAUUUAUAACGUUGCCAUUUGUGAUCUUCCCAGACACGCAAAGUCAACCUGGGGGGGAAAGCCAGAUUUACUUAAUGGCCACAUUAACUGCAGUGAUUCACUGAACAACCAUGGCAAAAAAAAAAAAAGAUUGUAAAGUCAGGCAGGACUCACUUAACUAUUGCCUUGCUUAGCAGUGGAAAUUCUGAUCCCGGUUAUGGUCGUAAAUUGAGGACUACCUGCACAUUCAGCUUUGCCAAACAAAGUUUUGAAAAUUAAUUGCAAGCGGUCUAUUAAAAUAAGAAAUUAGCCGAAAUGCCUUUUCAAAUAAAAUUCCAAAAGAGCUUGGUGCACAAGAUGAAUAAGCAUAAACUCAGAAGCUUGGAAGGGAAAUACUCCAAAUAUUAAUGCAGCGACAGAAUUAUCCUUUACUCAGGUAGAGAAGUAGUGGGUGGUAGCUCAAUUCAAUAGCUUCUUGGGCUUCCAAAUUUGGCUAGGAGCAGUUGUGGCCUCUGCUGGGAGAUAAGGAAAUAAAUCUGGGGCUAUCCUAAAAAUAGGUCCUCAACAAGCACAACAGACCAAAGAGCCAUGCCCUGAGAUUAUCCUGUUUCCAAUAAAAUGACUAUAUUGGAAAUACAUUUCGGGAACUAUAAAUAGGCACACAAGAGAACAGCUUGCUGCAAUUCACAUUUGAAGGUAUUCUCAGGAUCCAAAUGGCAGCCCCAUAAAGGAGGUGGCAGAUUAACUUCAGCAUUAAAAACUUAAAUAACAGUGGGAAGACGUUGAUCUCUCUUAAAAUAAACCAGCAGUUUCGAACCCUGAAGUUUCUGGAAAGCAUAACUUACAUCAGUGAGAAAAAUAAUGCAGGAAAGUCUUGACCUUUACGCUGAGUUGCUUAUCUUUGUGACCAUUCUGAUCUUUCACUUUGCAUAAUUGAUCCCUAAGAAAUUGUUCUAAAAUUUGAAAAAAAUGACCAUUUACAAUCAUUUAAUAAUUCAGUUAGCACAUACAGUCCAGGUUUAUAACAAGAGGAUGAUCGUGCUUAAAACACAGACGUUCCCCUUUCCAAAUCCUGGCAAAUGUCUAUCAAGCUUAUUUAAUACAUUUUUGAAUCAAGUAUAAUUUGAGAAAAGAUUAGAAAUUUUCCUUCCCUGUUCCCUAGAAGCGGGGAAGACUUCAGUAAAACUGACCUGCGUUGUCAUAUCAAGAGAGGAAGGAUGGAUACAGGAUCUUGACAAAAUCAAGCAGUCUUUGGUCAUUAAACAUAUACUUCAGUUUCAGCCAUAAUGUACCUUUAAAAAAUACAUUCAACUGAUCCAUGAAUUCUACACACAUUUUAUUUUUCAGUAAGAUAGGAAAAAUUAUCUUUGUUAGAUAAUACAAAUGCAUUCCUUGUUAAAUUUAUUUAGAUAAAUGCUCAUAUUCAUUUGCUUUAGGCGAGGUCUGCUGCUAUAUUUUUUGUCAUUGGCCAGUCCCACAUUACUCUAAAACCAUGUAUUCUUAAAAGGCACAGGAUGUGGAGGUGAUAAAAUUUCUUAAGUAGAAUGGUAAACCCAGAGCAGGUGUUGCUUAAGAUUUUUUUUUUUUAAUGAAAAUGAAUUAACCCAACAAUACUCCAUUACCAGGAGCAUCUACACAUGUGCACAUUGCACAAAUCCCAUAUAUUCCAUUCUUGCUGUUUCCCAUAGCAAUGCUAUGAAGAUGCUUUCAUUCAUGAAGAAGAGCCCAGCACAUUCAAGCUCAAAGAUUUGUCUCGUAUGAAACUUUGGCCCCACAAAAGAGCAUAAUUCCAUAGCAAUUAGUAUUAAAUAAGAAAAUAAAUAAAGAUGUAUUGAGGUCAAAUUGGGCUGUUGUGUUAGUAAUCAUUAAGAGCCUCACUCUCCGUGAAUUUUUCUAAUAUCCUUUUCAAAACAAUCAGUGUUGGGUGUUGCUGCAUGUUCUGCCACAUCCCAUACUUGUAUUUGUGUUGUGGGAUGACUUUUCUUGUCCUCCAUUUCCAUCAGUGAUGGAUGCUGAUAUUAUGCUCUAAUAUUUUGAGGGAGGGAAAAACGACCACGUCUCCCUAAUCAGCUGCUUCAGCUCCUGCGUAAUUGUAGACACCUCUUUCAUCUCCCACCACAAAACAGUUUGGUUGCUUGGGCUUCUCUAGCCUCCUGCUAAAUUUGUAGGAAUAGUUACAUCGUUAUUAACUUCCUGUUUUAAAAUCUGAAUUACUGGCAUUAAGACACUUUAUCAUUGGUGCCAUAUAGUUUGUCCUUGCAAGGCAAUAGUCAUGGCUAGUGUCUCCUCUUUCUUAGCCCUCUGAGUUAAUUUAGGCCUAUACGUUUGCUUUUUAAACCCUUCAGACUUGGGUUUUGUCUAAGUAUCUGGUUCAGGAUGGCUUUGCUAGAGCAGGGCUUUACAAUCCCUAGAAUUUAGCUCCUGAAUUAGGUCCCUCAAAAGCAACCUAUAGGGACUCUAAUCCCUUUGCUUUGUUUUCAGUUAUUAACUAAUUAAUUAAAGAGUAGCACUUCUCCUCACCCAAGUGCUUACGUUCUGUGUGUAACUUCCAUUUUGCUGCUUUGUCAGUGGGCUUUCUAGAAACUAAAAUAGAUCAACCAACAUAGCAGAUAGGUUUUCCAGUUUGUCUUAACAGUAUGUGGAAUUAAAGCAAUCUUUACUUGACUUAAGAGCUAAGACUGUAUACAGUAUCAUCAAUUUAGAAAGCAUCUUUUCACAGAACAAAGUAUUGGUUCGAUUUCAGAAUAAUCUUGUAUGCAAAAUGAGACCAACGGAACAUCUUAUAAGAAUACACUUUUGAAGGUUGCCAAAGUAAUACUUUGAUAUAAUUAGGGCAUCAUCAGCCCAUCACCCCCCUCUGCCCCUCUUUCCUGCCCCCUGUUUACUCCAGAAGGAUCUAUCCAGAGGUGGGUUCCACUUACUACCGGUUCGCAACGGGAGCAUGUGCGCUUCUGCGCAUGCCCAGAAUCUUCUGCACAUGUGCAGAACGUCCAUGAUGACGUCCGGACAGGUGGGCGGAGCCUCCCACCGCCAUUACUACCGGUUCGCAAGAACCAGACCGAACCGGGAGCAACCCACCACUGGAUCUGUCCAAUGAAGAAAUGUGUAGGAGCACAACUCAAGUGCUUAACAUAUUUAGCAUGGGCUGCUUGUGAGUCUAAGCUUAUAUUGCAUGAGUCAAAUGUAUUCAUAUCCAUUUAAGAGUCCUGAACCAAACUUUAUACGUUAUUUUAGAGAUAAAAUAUUUUAUUUUCAAUAUAGAAAUUGGGAGGGGGAGGGUGGGAAAGAAUGAAAUUAUAUUGAGUAUUAAAUAGUUAUGACAGCUGUCAUUGCAUCUGUAAAAUGUGUUAAAUUGCAAAAAUUCCAUUUCUAUUGUUUUCAACCCCCCUUAAAAACACCCCCCAAUUGUUAAUUUGCAAUGUAGGAAGCAAAUCCAAAAUUACAAUAUCUGAAAUAUUUAAAAUUGAUAAUGAUUUAAUGCUGCUCAUUGUUUUAUCACUUUAUCAGUAAAUAGUUGUGUCAAUGAAGCUUGGCAUUUAUGCCACCUUAUAAUGCCUGCCAAUAAAAGAUCUCUUGGGAUAUUAAAAUAUUUACAGGUAGUCCUCAACUUACAACAGUUCAUUUAGUGAUCAUUCGAAGUUACAGUGCCACUGAAAAAAGUGAGUUAUGACCCUUUUUCACAUUUACGACCAUUGCUGCAUCCCUUGGUCAGAUGAUCAAAAAUUGGAUGUUUGGCAACUGGCAUAUAUUUAUGAUGGUUGCAGCAUCCUGGGGUCAUGUGAUCGCCUUUUGUGACCUCCUAACAAGCGAAGUCAAUGGGGAAGCCAGAUUCACUUAACAAUGGUGUUAGUAACUGAACAUCUUCAGUGAUUCAUUUAACAGCUCUGGCAAGGAAGGGCGUAAAAUGGGGCAAAAUUCACUUAGCAACUAUUUUGCUUAGCCACAGAAAUUUUGGAGUCAAUUGUGAUCGUAAGUCGAGGAUUACCUGUAGUGGAGACAAUAUAGGUGUUUUCAUAGCUAUAUUACAAGUCUGGGAUCUAGGAAUAAUGGACUCCCUUUUCUCAAAUCUGCCAAUGAUUCCCUUUGUGGCCUUGGGCAAGGUAUGAAACUUUCUGCCUCAAUUUCCUCAUUUGUAAAAUGGGGAUAAUAAUUAUUAUCCUUACAGUCUACUGUGAGGUCUGUUUGGUUAUUAUUCUUGCUGCACUUCUAAGGUUAAAAAAAACCAAGUAUUAAAUUUUUAAUAGAGAAUCCAACAAUUUACAUAUUUUGCUGAAUAUGCUGUGCUAUUUGUACUUUUUUAUACAACUUUUAAUAGUACUGGUGAGAAAAAAAAUGUGUAACCCAAUAUGUGUCUCAUACAUGAUCUGAAAUACUUUAGCUCUUGCCAAGCGAAGUUCUGUGCAGAUGUUGCAAGAUGCAGCUUUUGCUAAAGGCAGUUUUCUAUUAAAGGGGUUUAAACUUUGCUUAGGCAAAAGCAUAAUGGAGUGUUCUAGCAUAUUGUCCGGAUCAAGAAAUUGGACACCAUAUAUUUUAAGGCAAGAUUUCAUGAAACACAGAAGGUGGGAGGAUUUUUGAAGGCAACUAUUCCCAUCAACAGAAAUUAAAUCACUUUAUUUCAAACCCUAAGCAAACUGCACAUUUACAUCAUCAUAAAAAUUAGUGUGACAAGACAAAAAAACUGGAGAACUCAGUUUUGCUCAGAGGUAAUUAGGUGUCUUCUGAUCAUUGUCAAAGACUGAUUUGAUUAUUCUCAACAACUGGUGUAAAGAGUGUCAUAUUGUGUAUAUUGAGAGACAGCCUGAAUCCAUUUUGAUUUGAUAUCCAAAUUUUUACAAAAAUCACAGGGAAUUUCUCCUAUGCAAACCUCAUGACAAUCUCUGUGAAGGAGAUUUUGGGGUAAAGUAUGCAAAUAACAUACAUACAUCCACCCGUUUUUAACAAGACACCCCAUCUCCUCUGAGUGUGCCUCAAGCUUUCCACUGCAAUCCAUCUUUCCUUCUUAGGGAGUGAUUAAGCCUUUUACAGAGAGCCAGUUUGGUAUAGUGGUUAUGGCAUGGGGUUAGAAACCAGGAAACUGCGAAUUCUAAUCCUGCCUUGUGCACAAAGUCAACUCAAUGCCCUUGGGCCAGUCACUUUCUCUCAGCCUUAGGAAGGAGGCAUUGGCAAAUCACUUUUGAAAAACCUUGCCAAGAAAACCACAGGUACUGGCCCAGGCACUCUGAGAAUCAGACACAAUUGAACAAAAAAAAAAAGCAAAAAAGCCUUUUGCAAGUACAAACAUCUCUAACUGUGUCUGAAAAUCUAUAGAUGUACCUGCAUCCCUCCCUCCACUCCAGCUCCCAUGUGGAUUGAAUCAAAAUGUUAAUUUUAACCAAUUCAUGACUAUCUCAUUUAAGAUAAGACAGGUUGCUUAUACUUAUUAUACAGAAUUUAGGCCUAGGAUUUGUUUCUACUGUAAUCAAUGCCCCAAACAGCAAACUUCAGAGCUUUUAUUUCUUUUUAUUGCUUAGAAGGUGUACACAAUCCAAUUUAAUAAAAAUGUGAUGUAAUUUUUGUCAAUUUAAAGCCUGAGAUCCAAGUGCCACAUAGAAGGGGUAUCUUAUAGCUUCUAUACUAUGAAUUUUUCGCAUGAAAGAAUGAUAACUCAUCAUAUUUGCUGUGUUCUCGUUCUCUCUUUGGACAAAAGUCAAACCAAUCAAGUUUUACAUUUUAUAUAUGAUACUAUUUUAAGGCUCAAUAUUUCUAUUUGGAAGACAGAAAAAUGUUUUCUAACUAUUUAAUAAUUGCAUGGUACUGUAAAGUAAAUGGAAAGGCCAUUCAUUUGCUGGGAGAAGAUGUUUUUAAAAAUGGACGAGACUAAUGUACAAAUUGUUGCACUUUUUCCUUAAACUUAACAAUUAAACUUUGUUUGCAUGACUUUUUUUUUUGUUAAAUAGUAAUGAUAGUUUGAAAGCAAGUUGAGUAUGAAUAAAGAUACUGACAAUUA